CAUGUGCCAUUUACAUUCUGUAACUGGCGCCUUUUUACGCACAACGACACGAUGAGCGUCUGGACGUCUCGGUGCGCUCUCUUGACCUCGCUCUGUCUCUUUCUAAACUGUUCAGCCACAGUGUCGACUUUUGAGUUGACGCUGCUUCACACUAACGACAACCAUGCACGGAUCGAGGAGACCAGCAAGGACUCGGGGAAGUGUCCAGCCGGGGGUCCUUGCUUCGGCGGAGUCGCCAGGAGGUUCACUAAAGUGUCGGAGAUCAGGAAAAAGGAGAAGAACGUGUUGUUGUUGGAUGCUGGAGACCAGUUUCAGGGAACUGUCUGGUUCAACUAUUAUAAAGGCGCCGAGGCAGCGCACUUCAUGAACAAACUCGGUUAUGAUGCUAUGUCUUUUGGAAACCAUGAGUUUGACAACGGAGUUGAGGGUCUCAUUCAGCCCUUCCUCCAAAAUGUGAAUUGCUCUGUGGUGAGUGCCAACAUCAUAACUGACCAGACUGGCACAAAGCUCAGCCGCUACUUUCAGCCCUACACAAUCCUAAAUGUGGGCUCAGAGAAAGUGGCUGUGGUCGGCUACACCACUGCUGAGACACCCUUCUUAUCCAUGCCAGGCCAACACUUAAAGUUUGAGGAUGAAGUGAAGGCACUUCAGGUUCAGGUUGAUAAGCUGGAAACCUUGGGCUAUAAUAAGAUCAUCGCCCUGGGCCACUCUGGCUUUGACGUGGAUCGAGAUAUCGCCAAGCGUGUGAGAGGAGUUGAUGUCGUUAUUGGAGGACACACCAACACAUUCCUCUAUACUGGAAAGCACCCAUCCACUGAAGUGCCUGCAGGUGUGUACCCUUUUAUGGUGAGGUCUAAUGAUGGGAGAAACGUGCCAGUGGUCCAGGCCUUUGCCUUUGGGAAGUACCUUGGUGGAAACCCCAUCCUAAUGGACAGUAGCAUACGUCAAGACCCAGAUGUCCUUGCUGACAUUGAGAAGUGGAAGAAAGACUUGGCCCAGUAUUCCUCGCAGUAUGUCGGACAGACCUUAGUCUAUCUCAAUGGGACGUUUGAAGAGUGUCGAUUUCGGGAGUGUAACCUUGGAAACCUAAUCUGUGAUGCUAUGAUUUAUCACAAUAUAAAGCAUUCAAGUGAGCUGCAGUGGAAUCAUGUGGGCAUAUGUAUGCUGAACAGUGGGUCUAUACGGGCAGCUAUUAACGAGCACUACAAAAAUGGCAUUCACGUUCAGUAUGACCUCUCCAAACCAGUGAACCAGCGUGUAGUGUCUCUGUCCAUGCUCUGCACUGAGUGCCGUGUGCCCAAGUAUGAACCGUUAGACCCAAAGAAGACAUACACUGUGGUCAUGCCUUCAUACAUUGUGGGCGGAGGUGAUAACUUUACCAUGAUCAAGGAGGAGUUACUGAAGCAUAACACAGGUGACAUGGACAUUUCUGUUUUGUCCAAAUACAUCUCGGAAAUGAAGCGUGUGUACCCAGCAGUAGAAGGCCGGAUCACAUUCAGGAACUCGGCUGUCUUUACGGCUCGCAGCCUUGGAUUAUUGCUGCUGGGUUUAUGUCUGUGCCUGAUCCUCUGAUUGACGGGAACUGCGAUAAAGGGCACAUUUGGCUGCUUGUAAACUCCUCUGGGACUUGGUUAACUGCCUUUCUAUCUCGCUGCCUUCGCUGCCAAGGAUAACUAGAAGACAACAGGAUUGCAGGUUUAGCCUCAGGGUAGAUUUAGUCAAUGACUUAAAUAUGAAAACGGUAAAUAUGUAUUGGAUAUUACUAAUACUGUUGACUUAAAAGUGCAUGUAAGUCAUUUGUACUAUGAAUGUAGUUUUUCUUGUGAAUCUAAAGGAACUGAAGUGUUAUGAAUGUCUAUAUGGUAGCCUAUGAGAGUUCAAAGACUGCCAGUGAGAUAAUGAACAAAGGAAAAGCUGUCGACUGCUAUAUCUCUGCCUUUUAUUACUCAUAGAAAUGGAUGGAAACAAGCCAAAGCUUUAAUGUAUUCAUGCACCUGAAUGUGCCUAUACAUAUUAUUUUUAUAAAGAAUUAUUGCUAUUUGAGUAUGUCCAUCAUCAAGUUACAGAAACAAAUGUUUUGCUACAGCAGAUACAUUGUAUGUAUGAUCUGUAAAUAAGCCAGUUUUUUGUUUUGUUAUGACCAUUGCCUUUUUAAACAUUUCCUGUAUGCAGAAAUAUUAACACGCGCUGAAAAAAUUAAAUAUUGAAAAUGGAAAUUAAAGGCAUUUUCUCAGGUAUUCUUUUUUUGACGUAUCAAAAAAAUAAAUGGCAUUGUGACAACAAUUC